AUGAGGAUUCUCAUACUCGCUCUACUUGUGGCUAUGUGCGUCAGCGCUGGCUUGAUCGACCUCAAGCCCGGGAGCCUUAAAAUCCUUAUCAAAGAAAAAGUGAAGAAGACUAUGGACCGCAUCAAACAGGUAUUCAACACCAACAUGCUCGAGUUCCGCAAGAAGUUGAGUGGGUUUAAAGAAAAGAUUCUAAAAAAGCUCACCUUGACUGAAGCGCAAAGAAAGGAGCUCAAGGAAAGAUUGAAGUUGUUCAAAAGGAAAACAACUGAUGUGGUUUCACAAGCGGGAGACUCCAUUGAAGAGAUCAACAUUAGAAGCCAAAUAGCCAGUGCUUUGUUCCAGGGAGAUAUGGUUCUUUCCAAGUUUGUUCUUCUGAUUAUUUUUCUACCAUUGCCUAUAGAAAAUUACGUUGUAUUCAGAGAGCAACAGGACCAAGUUGCUGCGGACGUUAGUGGUACACGUUCCAAGCGGCAAGCGUACAACGACAAAACUUAUCCUGGCAAAAGAUGGUCAAAGGGGGUUCACUACUUCUUCGAUAAGGGCAUAAGUAAUGAGGUUAAAAGUGUAUUCAGAAAAGCGGCAGGUCAGUGGAUGGCCGACACAUGCAUUAACUUUACCGAAAAGGAAUCUGAAAAAGACAGCAUUCGUGUGAUCGAAGAGGAUGGAUGUUGGUCCUACGUUGGUAGACUAGGCGGCAAACAGGACCUGUCACUCGGCUCAGGCUGUCGGCAACAGCUGCUCACGAGAUUGGUCAUGCCACUUGGUUUCUUCCACACGCAUUCAAGACAUGAUCGUGACAAGUAUAUCACAGUAGACAAAGAAAAUAUUAAGCCUGACUGGCUUGACCAAUUCUUACUGGAAACUCCGGACACCAAUAAUAAUUACGAUUUAACGUAUGACUACGGAAGCAUUAUGCACUACGGAACAACAAGUGCUACCCGCAACGAAAAACCUACUAUGGUACCUACUCCGGAUGCACGGUACGGAGAAACUCUGGGAUCUCCUUUCAUUUCCUUCUAUGAUUUGCUCAUGCUCAACAAGUACUACAAUUGCACCGGUGAGUGA